AGCUGACCUGGAAACCUGUCUUUGGCCUCUGUCCUUUCUAAGGAAGUCACCUUCCAGAGCCCGCCCGCACAGAACUGGCAGGGGACCCUCUUAGGAGCCGAGAAAAUGGCGAUCUUCAGGCAGCUGCCCCUGGGUGCAAAGGCUGCCCUGGCUGCCGGCACCGUCUUCGUGUCCAUGAUCGUGUCCCGCUCCUAUCUGGCCGGGAGCCUUGAGCUCAGGGCCUGGCGUUGGCUGUUCCGCCUGCAGCUCGCCCUGUUUGCCAACUCACUCAUGCUCAUUGGCUCCCUCUACAUCUGGCGUAGCGCAGUCGGCAACCUCAGCCACUCCCCAGCCGCAGAGUCCGCCUGUUUUCAGCUUUGGAAGAUGGCUGUCAUGGCAUUUCUGGCCCUGGCCCAUUCCAGUUUCUUCACCAUGCUCUUUUUAGUGGCCGAGGAGCCAUAUCUCUUUUCCUUGGCAGCCUACUCCUGCCUUGGGGCAUACGUCAUCAUGGUCUUCUUCCUCUGUACCCUCAGCGGCAUGGAGCAGGCCUACCAGCUGUUGGCCUGGCGCAGCGGUAGGGUCGUGGGCAGCCUCGACAAGACAAGGAAGCUGGCAGUCAGGCCGGCCCUGGCAGUGGCAGUGACCACUGUGCUCAGUGUGGUUGGGCUCCUGAACGCUGCCCGGCCCCCGGCUGUGAAAACCGUGCGGGUGCCCAUCCAUCAGCUGCCCGCCUCCAUGGAUGGCUUCAAGAUCACGCUUCUCUCAGACAUUCACUUGGGCCCCACGGUGGGCAGGACCAAGAUGGAAAUGUUCGUGAGGAUGGUGAAUAGGCUGGAACCAGACGUCACGGUGAUCGUGGGUGACCUCUGUGAUUCCGAAGCCUCUGUCCUCCGUACAGCCGUGGCUCCUUUGGGCCAGCUGCACUCCCGCCUCGGCACCUAUUUUGUCACGGGGAAUCACGAGUACUACACGUCAGAUGUCAGCAACUGGUUUGCGCUGCUGGAAUCCCUGAACGUCAGGCCACUGCACAAUGAGAAUGUGAAGAUUUCAGCCACAGGGGCCCAACCCGGGGGUGGUGAGGGCGAUGACUGGAUCUGCUUGGCCGGGGUGGACGAUAUUGAGGCAGACAUCCUGCACUACUACGGCCAUGGCAUGGACCUCGUCAAGGCCCUGGGAGGCUGCAGCCCACACCACACCACCAUCUUGCUAGCGCACCAGCCCCUGGCUGCCAAGAGAGCCCUGCAGGCCCGGCCAGACAUUAACCUGAUUCUUUCUGGGCACACACAUGCUGGGCAAAUCUUCCCCUUGAACGUGGCAGCCUAUCUCUUGAACCCCUUCUUUGCUGGCCUCUACCAAGUGGCCCAGACUACAUUUGUGUAUGUCAGCCCAGGCACAGCCUACUAUGGAAUACCCAUGAGAUUGGGUAGCAGGGCAGAGAUCACGGAGCUCAUCCUGCAGCGGGCUCCUUGAACCUGACCUUGCCUACCUUGGAUGCCUCUUCAGUGCCCUUGCCUUCGCUAUCCAUCCCUCUUUAGAGCGGGUUGCCUGCUUUACCCCCUCCAGCCUCUCCUGCCCAGCCCUGCCAAUACCUGCUUGGCCUGGCUUGAACAGUGAUAUGUGCUGGGGCUGCCUGGCAAGUUCAGGCUGGUUUACUCUUUAGAUGGCCAGUUACUUUCUCAUAUGUAUCUGUGGGGCCACUAAAGCCACCUAUGUAAGAAUGAGCAUCUGUUUUCCAGGUUAUGUGCAGUAAGCCCUCCUCCUCCGCAGAGCUCACGAGGCUGAACUGAAACAUGGGCUUGCCUAAAAGGGAUGCCACUAGAAAUCAGAACAGAGGGGAACACUGACAUUUUUAAACCCUCUUUAGGACUUAGGCCGUCUCUAGGAUCACUGAUCCAGAGCUUUCCAGGGAAGGGGCAGUGUUGCUAGGUGAUCUAGAGCAGGCAAGAGGGAGGCCCCUCCAGCUGCUGGGGAGGAAUGUUUUCUUUUCCCUCUUGGUUGUGUCAGAGUCACCUUUAUUGAGGGCAUUAGCCAAACCCAUGGGGACACAGGGCUCGGGCUGUUCCAGGCCGUCAGUGAUGCUAUUUUACUGCCUGUGCUCCUGGGCCUUUGGGAUCGGGGGUGGGGCAGAAAGAAACUCUGAGCACAGUGGUAGGUGUUGGUGAUGGUGCUGCUGCUUAGGAAUUCAGGGGGGCUUGUCUCACUUGUCUCCUUUUAUACAACCCUUGGGUGAGGUAGUUAGGGACAGGCUGCUUUACAGGCAGGCAAGAAAACAGGCAGAGGGACAUAGGGCACUGGCAACAUGACAGGGUAUAUAAGAGACUCUUGGCCAAAAGCUGGGUCCUCUGCCUCCCUCUCCACUGUUCAAUGCUUAAGGAGCAGUAUCUGUGAAGUGAGGGCAGGACUCAGAUGCACUGAACUGUGCAAAGAGAAUGAACAAGGGUCUAGACCUUGAUGGUCUCUUGGAGGGGUUUGCUUGAGGCUGAUUUCACUUUGCCUGUGACUACAGGGGCCAGGGCCUGGAAGGGGGCUGGCUGGUUCCCCUGUAGGAUGUCUGUAACAUUGGAAGAGUUGAGAAAGUGGAGCCCACCCCCCCCCCAGGUUUGGGUCUAUGUUUUGUGAGAAACUGAGUUUCGUUUUCUAUCAGGGGAAGUUGAGGGUGCAUGGGGUGGUGGGGCUUUGUGCUCCAGCAAGGUCUUGAGACCUUCCCUCCCCCGGGCCCUGGAAUGCUGGGACUGUCUUCCCUGCUGGGUAACUUCCACUUCUACGGCCACCUAUCCAUCCCUCACCCCAUCCUGACCCCAUCAGAGUUGCCCCGGGGCUCUGGCCAUAGAACCAUAGUGCCAUGCUGCUGGAUUCUGGGCCCUCUGGAGUGACCUCACCCUGUUGGCCAAGCCUCUUGUGCCAGAGGCAAGAGACCCUUCGACCCUCAGGUUAGCAAUCAGUAAGGUCUCCUGUCAGAAGAGGCCUCACUGAGAAACCCGGGGACCUUGGCUCAGCGUUGACUUCUUUGUGAUCCAGCGGCUUUCUCCAGCAGGGAACACAAACACCACUCUGCCUGGAGAAGCUCACCCUGCUGUUCAUUGGUCAGGUAGAAGUCUGCAGACGACCUCACUGAGCCUCGGUUUCCGUCACCCUAUAAUGAUAAUGAUAUCUACCUCAUGACUAUUUCACGGGGAUGGUAUGAAGACACAGUGUAAGUCAGGUACAUGGGGCACAGUCACACAGGAAGCACUGGAUGGUGUUCAUAUUUAAACAUCACAUGAGGUGUGCUAAGGAACUGUGUUAGGCACGGGUGCCCAGAGAAUUUAUGGGGGGGCCAAACUGGGAGAAUGUGGGUAGCGUGCUGCCUGUGGCCAGGGUCCAGUGAUGGGUCAAAGCAGCAACUGCUGAGGGCUUGCCUUCCUUGGCCUGGGCAUGCUGGGGUCUUGUGCAUGCUCUUGGGCCUGGCCAGAGGAAGUCUUCAUUUUUCUCCCUGACUUCCUGAUGUAUGACAGAGUCCUAGGGGACCCUGGAGACCACCUUUCUUGUUUGCAAGGCAGUCGAGGUAUGGACAGCAAGACUUCCAGGCAAAUUUAAAAUGUGUCUUUGAGUUGAGAUGUCAGUGGCUUCUAUCCCCUUUCUAUCCCCUUGUGUUUAAUCGUCUUUGCAGCCAGGAGUAAGUUUGGAGAACAACUUAUUCAGAGCUGAGGAAGGGUCCCUGGCCUUUCUUUUCAUAGAUUUUGCAGAUAGUGGGAUUCCAGGAGAGGUGAAGCGCUUCUCCCCACCCAGCUCCCAUGUCCCCACUGCCUUCUCCACGGCGCCCUCCUAGGCUGGCCACCCCUUAUGGCCUCAGGAUGACUGCCCUUCCAACCCCUCUCCCUUCCUUGUAACCUGACCCCAUUUUUGGGGGGAUCAUUCCAGUUAACUUUCCAGUUCUGGAUUUCACCAGACUACGUUAAUUGAUGCCAUUUGUCUUCCACCCUUAGACGCAGCUGGUGGUGGUUGACUUGCCUCCUAUGCCACUUAUCUCACUGCUCUCUGAAUUUCAGAUCUUUUACAUCAGUGUUCUGAGCUUUGUGAAAUUCACUUCCAUCCUUAUUUUUUAUAUUUCAUCUUUGUCUCUUCUUUCUCAAGUGCCAUCUCAAGUGCUAUCUUGCGUACCUUUCAUCCCUCUUCCGAAGUCUUUGCUUGACUGAUUUCUUUCUACUCCCAAAAGUGAGACAGGUCCAUCUUGUGCGUGCGUCUCAGGAAUGCUCAGCAGCACCUUCUCAUCCGUUGUAUCCUGUGAUGUAAUGGAACUGUUCCCCACAGAAAUUCUUCCAUUAUUGUGCAGAUGUGGUCCUGGUGGGCCACCCUCCAUGGCACUCUUUGCACCUCUUUCCCUGUUCCUCAUUCACUUAACCUUGUUUUGUUUGCUUAUGGCUGGACGAGUUGGUGAGGAACAUUUACUUGAAGCUUGAAGCUUGAAUAUUCUUUCAAUUUCCUUUUAGUUUCUUCUCUUUUUUUUAUUUUUUUAUUUUUUUUUUUAAAUUUUUAUUUAUUUAUGACGGUCACACAGAUAGAGAGAGGCAGAGACACAGGCAGAGGGAGAAGCAGGCUCCAUGCACCGGGAGCCCGACGUGGGACCCGAUCCCGGGUCUCCAGGAUCGCGCCCUGGGCCAAAGGCAGGCGCCAAACCGCUGCGCCACCCAGGGAUCCCUCUUCUCUUUUUUUUAAUUUGGUUACUGCAAGUUGAAAUAUAGUGCUUUUUAAAAAUUAGCAAUAGGAUGUGAAAUAUACUAUUGUUAUAAAAUCUCAAUAUGCUAAUGCUAUGUCAUCCUUUUCUCCCCUUAUUUUGUUUUAAACUUUUUAUUGUGUAAAUAUAAACAUGCUCACAAAGCAAAGAGAAUAGCAUACUGAAUCCCCAGGUACUCAUCAUGCCGCUUCAAUAAUUAUGACUAUUUUGCUGUACUUUCUCAUGUACCACUGCCUAGUACUCUUUCUUUUUUGGCUAGAAUAUGUUAAAGCAAAUCUUAGAAAACAUAACUUCAGAGGCACCCGAGUGGCUCAGUCAGUUGAGCAUCUAGUUCUUGAUUUUAGCUCAGGUUGUGUUCUCAGGGUCGUGAGAUCAAGCCCCACAUUGGGCUCUAUGCACAGCAGGGAGUCUGAGUGAGAUUCUUUCUCCUUCUCCCCCUGCCUCUCCCUGCGGUGUGCACAUGCUCUCUCUCUCUCUCUCUCUCAAAUAAAUAGGUAGAUAAAUAAAAUCUUUUAGAAAAAAAGGAAAACAUAACUUCUCCCAAAAAUACUACUUUUUUAAAAAGUACAUCCAUAAUGUCACUGUACCUAAUAAAGGUAAUAGUAAUUCUUUAACAUCAUUUAAUACCCAAUUAGGAGAUUUGGGGCUGGAAGCCAUGUCUUCUACCUCUCAGUAUAAGUGUUUUUCCACUGCCUCAGGGUUAAGUAGUUGUGUCUGAGUGCAGGAUUAAAUGAAAUUAACUGUGUAGAGAAUUCAUGUUUCGUUUUUUUCCUGAUUAUGUCAAUUGUCUUUGUUUUUUUAUUGUGAUAAACAUGUAGUGUAAAAUUGAUCAUCUUAAUGAUUUUUAGAUGAGCAGUUCAAUAGUGUUAAGUAUAUUUAAAUCAUCAUGAACCAGAUCUCCAGGGUUUAUUCAUCUUGCAAAUUGGAAACCCCAGCCAUUAAACAAUAGCUCCUUUUCCCCCCGCUCAGCUGGCAACCACCAUUCUUUCCGUUUUUAUGAAUCUGACUGUUCCAGGUGCCUUGUAUAAGUGGAAUCAAGCAUUAUUUGUCUUUUUGUUACUGGCAUAUUUCGCUUAGUGUAACAUCCUCAGUGUUCAUCCACGUUUUAAUAUGUGACAAGGCUUCCUUUUUAAGGCUGUGUGUAGAUAUCCAGUGUUCCUAGCAUUAUUUCUUGAGGAGUCUGUCCAUUCCCUGUUGAAUUGCCUGAGAGUCCUUGUUGAAGACCAUUUGAGUACAUAUGUGAGGGUUUAUCUCUGGCCUCUCUACUCUUUUGGUCUCUUUGUUUUUUAUUUUAAAGAUUUUUAUUUAUUUAUUUAUUUAUUUGAGAGAGAGAGAGAGAGCACAAGUGAGGAGAAGGGCAGAAGGAGAAGCAGACUCCUGCUGAGCAGGGAGCCUGACAUCAAAUUUGAUCCUAGGACCCUGGGAUUAUGACCUGAGCCAAAAGCAGAUGCUUAACUCACUGAGCCACCCAGGCACUCGUAUUUGUCUGUUUUUAUGCCAGUACCACACUCUUUUACUGUAUAUUACUGUAGCUUUGUAAUAUUUUUUGGAAUCAGGAAGUACGAGUCUUCCAACUUUGUUCUUUUUCAAAAUUGUUUUGGCUACUUGGGAUUCCUUGAAAUUCCAUAAGAAUUUUAAGAUGAAUUUUUCUAUUUCUGCAAAAAAAAAUGGUGGAAUCUUAAUAGAGAUUGCAUUGAAUCUGUAGAUCACAUUGGGUAGAGUGGGUAUCUUUUUUUUUUAAGAUUUUUAUUUAUUUAUUCAUGAUAGACAUAGAGGCAGAGACACAGGCAGAGGGAGAAGCAGGCUCCACGCAGGGAGCCGGACGCGGGACUCAAUCCCAGGACUCUAGGAUCACACCCUGGGCCGAAGGCAGGUGCCAAACUGCUGAGCCACCCAGGGAUCCCCAAGAGCAGACAUUCUUGCCUUGUUUCUGAUCAUAGAGAAAAAAUCUUGUGGUCUUUCAUCAUGGAGUAUAAUAUUAGCUGUGGAUUUUCAUAUAUGGCCUUUAUCAUGUUGAGGUGAUUUCCUUCUAUUCCUAGUUUGUUGAGUGUUUUGGUCGUUGAAAUGGUGUUGAAUCUUGUCAACACCAACAUCUUGUUUCUGCCUCAAUUAAGAUGAUCAUGUGGUUUUCGCCCUUUAUUCUGUUGACAUGGUGUGUUGCAGUGAUUGAUUUUCAUAUGUGGAACCAUCCUUGCAUUACAGAAAUAAAUCUCACUUAGUCAUGGUGUACAAUCCCUUUAAUGUGUCAUUGAAUUCAGUUUGGUGGUACUUUGUUGAGGAUAUUUGCAUCAAUAUUCAUGAGAAAUAUUGGUCUGUAGUUUUUUUUUUCUUUUUUUUUUUUUGGUCUGUAGUUUUCUUGUUACAUCUUGUCUUGCUCAGGUGUUAAGGCAAUGUUAGCCUCAUAGAAUGAGCUUAUAAGUGUUUCUCCUCUUUGAUUUUUUGGAAGAGUUUCAAGAAAAUUGGUGUUAAUUCUUCUUUAAAUGUUUGAUAGAAUUCUCUAGCAAAGCCAUCUGGUCCUGGGUUUUUCUUUGUGAUUUUCAGUUACUGAUUGAAUUUUCUUUCUAGUUACUGAUCUCAGAUUUUCCAUUUCUUCAUGAUUCAGUCUUGGUAGGUUGUAUGUUUCUAGGAAUUUUUUCAUUUGUUCUAGAUUACCCAAUUUGUUGGUAUACAGUUGUUCAUACUAAUAUUUUAUAAUCUUGUUUAUUUCUGUGGCAUCAGCUGUAAUAGCUCCUCUUUCAUUUCUGAUUUUAGUUAUUUGAGUCUUCUCUCUUUCAUAGUUAAUCUAGCUAAAGAUUUGUCCAUUUUGUUGAUCUUAAGAAAAAAAAACACCUCUCAGUCUCAUUGAUUUUUUUUUUUUAAGAUUUUUUAAUUUAUUCGUGAGAGACACGCAGAGAGAGCCAGAGACACAGGCAGAGGGAGAAGCAGACUCCCUGCAGGAGCCUGAUGUGGGACUCGAUCCCAGGACCCCAGGAUCAUGACCUGAGCCAAAGGCAGAUGCUCAACCACUGAGCCUUCCAGGCGCCCAGUUUCACUGAUUUUUUUUUCUUUCUUUUUUUUUUUUUUGGUUUGUUUGUUUGUUCUGUCUUUCACUCAUCUCUGCUCUGAUUUUUACUAUUUCUUUCUGCUAGCUUUGGGUUUAGUUUGUUCUUUGGUUUCUUGAGGAAUUAUGUCUCUUUACAGUUCUUUUGUUUGAAUCAGGAUCUAAUAACAAGGCCAUAUACUAUAUGUGAUAUACUUCUUAAAUCUCUGUAAGUCUAUAUUAGCAUUCUCCCCUUUUAUGUCAUUUAUUUGUUCAAGUUAUCUGGAUAUUACAUCUUAGUAUUUCCUACAUUUUGGAAUUGUGGUGCUGUUUACUGUAUCGUACUAUCCCUCAUAUGGUCUGUGAACUGAUAAAGCUAGAGAUCUAGGAAAGUUACAACUAGAGGCUGGAUGGAUUUAGGUUCAGUUUUUUUUCUUUUUUGGGCAAGAAGACUUCAUUGCUUUAAAUGAUCUAAGACUGACCCACAGGUCCAGUGUUGUCAGCUUGAUCCUUCCCUAGAAACUUCCUCAUCAUCUUUUCACCUAAUGUUUCAGCAGUCAUUGAUGAUUAUUGCCUAAAGUCACUAUUCCAUUAGGGAUUCCAAAAAUCAUGAUUUUUUUUUUUUACAGUUUGGUACAUUUAUUUUUUUUAAUUUUUAUUUAUUUAUGAUAGUCACAGAGAGAGAGAGAGAGAGAGAGAGAGAGAGAGAGGCAGAGACAUAGGCAGAGGGAGAAGCAGGCUCCAUGCACCAGGAGCCUGACGUGGGAUUCGAUCUUGGGUCUCCAGGAUCACGCCCUGGGCCAAAGGCAGGUGCUAAACCGCUGCGCCACCCAGGGAUCCCCAGUUUGGUACAUUUAAUACAGAAUAUGGUGGGCCAGAGUACUAAAAAGGCUUUCUAGGAAUACUUGGUUACUUAGCUUUUAUAUAUUCAAGAGACAAUGGAAACUUCUUUUACCUCUGUUCUGAAUUCGGAAGGAGUUUUGGAAUACUCAGAAAUAUAAUCCUGCCAUCAGCCCCCAAAAUGGUGAUUUUUAAUGUGAUCAUUUCUUCUGCAUUUACAAACUGUUUGUUCUACAAAAAAAACUCUAUCCUCAUCAAUUGGUUACUCUGAAAAGGGCUGUAUCAAAGGCAAGACAGAUUCUAGACUCUUCCCCUUUAUUCAUCAGUUGUCAGAAUAAAGAGUUGAUGUCCCAGCAGACUCCAAGGAUGACCAGUAAUCUCUUAUUUGGGGUGGAAGGGAGUAUCGUGAACUUGGCUCUUUUCAUAGAUCUGGUUUCAGUCCAUUGAAGUGAUAAACCUUUUAAUGCUCAAAAUCUCCCACCUUUGGCCAGUUGGAACCAAAUUGCUUCUGUGUCAUUUUGUUGUGACCAUAGUAGUUUUUGAUAGCUUUUGGCUUAUUUUGUACAUAUUGUGCCCCAGACGGGCUAAGUAGUUUCUUGAAGGAGCUCUGGUUUCCCUUUAGUGGGAAAUAUUUAGAGACCAUAAUUUAAGUGCUAGAGGAGCCAAGUGCUACCAGCUAGUGUAAGUUGUUUUAGUGGCUAUUGCUAGGAAAUAAUUUUUUUUAGAAAGAAAAAAAUUAUAAGUUAUACUAGUAUUUCCGAUUUAAAUGGCAAACCAUGAACUUUAUUUAAAAAAAAAACAGACUAUUUUUUUAGAGAAGUUUUAGUUUCACAGCAAAAUUGAAUAGAGGGUACAGAGAUUUCCCACAGAACCCUGAUUAAAGGUUUUUACUUAACUUUCUCUGGUUUUGUGUUUGUUUGUUUUACACUGAAAAUUUUGGUUCCUAACAACCAAUGUUAUUACUUAUUUACUUUAUCCUACUUAUAUAUAUUAUGGAUUCAAAAUAGCAAUAACAUAUUAGGAUUAACUCUACUGGAUGCAGUUUUGCUUGUUCAUUUGUUUUACCUGAAUGUGGUUUAAGAUCUAUUUUUAUCCUCAGGCUAAACACUGUCAAAAUACUAUUUCAAAUUCACUUGAAAUGAUUCUUUUCUGUGUGGCAACUUAGGGCUGAUUUUAAUUUUUAAGAAUUAUUUUAUAAUUUUAAAACUUAUGUUUUUUUUAAGACUAUGUACUUACCCUUUCUCUGAGGAAGCAGAAUUGUAACUGUAACUGCCUGCGAGUCUUGGAAGAUUGGGAGCUGGUCCCAACUGUGUUGUUCAUGUUUCCUCCAUUUGGCCACUUUCCUUCUUCUUCCCUUGUAAUUUAUGUUCUUCAUCCACCAUCUUUUGGAAUGCUGGACAGAAGUCUUUUUAGAACAAGACAGGCAUAAAUAAAUAAUAAAACUGAUAAGAAUAGAAUGCCUAAGCCAUAGCAGGUCAUCCACAGAUUCCUCCAGAUCCAUAUUGAUUGUCACCAGUCACUGUGGAUGUUUUGCCUCUUCUGGCUGUCUAUGCCUCGUGUUUCUUUAAAUAUUUAUUUAUUUUUUUUAAAUUUUUAUUUAUUUAUGAUAGUCACAGAGAGAGAGAGAGAGGCAGAGACACAGGCAGAGGGAGAAGCAGGCUCCAUGCACCGGGAGCCCGAUGCGGGAUUUGAUCCCGGGUCUCCAGGAUCGCGCCCUGGGCCAAAGGCAGGCGCCAAACCGCUGCGCCACCCAGGGAUCCCCUAUGCCUCGUGUUUCCAUGACACUGGAUGUUUGAAGGCUCUUAGCUCUAGCACAAUUGAAGUUUGUCGUACAGUCAUCUGAAAUAGUCCUCUGUCUUUAUGUUCUGUGAGCUGAGGGAUCUGGGAAGUCCAUAUGUAUAAACACCCUUCCAUCCCUAUCUUCUCCGCUCUCCUUAAUCCCUUGUCCCUCAACCCUGGAGCACCAGCAGCCUAGAAGGGUUGGGUCUCUGCCACUCUGGAGCUGAGCAGCUCAUGUCAGGAAUUCUCCAGGCUCUUGGGUCUCUGGGGUGAGUGAAAGGGCAAAAGGGUGCUGGGGAUACAGAUCCACUGAAUAGGUGCUUUAUCAGAGUCAUACCGAAGAGCUUGAAGAUGUAUAUUGUCUUUACAUGGUCAACAGGACCCAUAACUCAUAAUGUCACUGAGCUGCUUUUCUUUGUUGUAGUUGAGGAAUGUGCAUAAAGUAAUGCAAAUAAAAUUAUCUUUAGUCCUGAAUAUUAGGAAAGCUGGGGAAUAUUCACCUUACCUGGUGACAGAAAUAUUGGUAUUAUGUUUAGUUGGUUUUGGGGGGUUUUUUGUUUUGUUUUGUUUUUUUACUUUAAAGAUAUGCUUAUAUACCACUGGAACCAUCUAAGUGGAAUAAGUAACUUUAAAAAUGUUAUAUUGGAUAGUAUUAGGUCUCUGAUGUGUAAUUGGUUCAAGGGUAUUUUGUUUGUACUGCUGUCUUUUUUCUCUAGUAUCAUAUGCAUAUGUACACAGGGGUCCUGGGAAGGCAUAUGCUUGGCCUUGCUUGCAAUUGCUUUUUCUUUUAUAAAUUUUCUGUGACCUCAUGCAUUGUAAACACUGAUGCUACCACAAUCCUGCACAUGUGAAAUAAAACUGUGGCUCUUCAGUAUUCUGUUCCUGUGCCAAUUAAUUCAGAAGAGGUGGGAUCUGCUCACAGAUUUGUUUUUUGUAUUUGUGGGAAUAAGCUAUGAGGGCAGCUUCUCUCUUUCCUUCUCCCCCUACGUUUCUCCAUUGCCUUACUUCUUACUUCUUACUUCUG